UUGUCCGGUUACAUCACCGAGAGCUUGAGGAGCUUCCAAAAGGAUUGCAAAAUGUCUUUCAAAUCACGCAGGUGGUGAAGAACAUCAACCAGACACGUGUAGAGUUGAAUCCUCAGGUUGAAGCUGAGGGUUCUGUAGUCUUGGCCUAGACCCAGACCGAGGAGUAUUACAAUGAACUCAGCCAUGAGUACCGAAUCAAUGGACUUGGCUGAGGAGGAACUGUCCCAGGUGGAGGGGAUGAGCGGGGCGUCGGAGGACGAAGACGAGUGCGUGUCGUCGCCGGCCGGCUCGACGUACGAGGAAGGCGCCGACUCCACCAAGAAUGCCAUCAGCGACGAGGUCACGAAGCAGUUGGCGGCCGCAGGUACGAGGCCCGUGGGCAUGGCUGCAGCAGCAGCGAUCGCAUCUUCAAAAAAGCGCAAACGGCCGCACUCCUUCGAGACGAACCCCUCUGUGAGGAAGAGACAUCAGAACCGGCUGCUUAGAAAACUCAGACAAACCAUCGAGGAGUUCGCGACACGCGUGGGCCAGCAGGCCGUGGUGCUGGUGGCCACGCCGGGCAAGCCCAACACGUCGUACCGCGUGUUCGGCGCCAAGCCGCUGGAGGACGUGGUGCGCAACCUGCGCUGCAUGAUCAUGGAGGAGCUAGAAAACGCGCUCGCACAGCAGUUCGGGCUGGGCGUGUGCCCGCAGGCGCCGCCGCCGCCCAUGGACGACCCGUCGCUGUUCGAGUUGCCGCCGCUGAUCAUCGACGGCAUCCCCACGCCCGUCGAGAAGAUGACACAGGCCCAACUGCGCGCCUUUAUCCCGCUCAUGCUCAAGUACUCCAUGGUGCGCGGCAAGCCGGGCUGGGGCCGCGAGUCCACGCGGCCGCCGUGGUGGCCCAAGGACCUGCCCUGGGCCAACGUGCGCAUGGACGCCCGCACGGAGGAUGAAAAACAAAAGAUGUCGUGGACACACGCGCUGCGGCAGAUAGUGAUCAACUGCUACAAGUACCACGGCCGGGAGGACUUGCUGCCAGCGUUCAACGAGGAAGAGGACGAGAAGGGCCCCCCCACACAACCCAUAUCCGCGUGCAUGCCGGGCGCGAGUUCCAACUCGUCGAGCGGGUCGGGGUCCGGGGGACGCGGGCAGACGGCCGUGCUGUCGUCGACGCAAGUGUGCAUCGACCAGAUGACGCUCGCCGAUGUCGAUAUGUCGCAGUACGCGCCGGCCGUGCUGCAGACCAUCACGAACCCCGACGGCACGGUGUCGCUGAUCCAGGUGGACCCCAACAACCCCAUCAUCACGCUGCCAGACGGCACCACUGCUCAAGUUAUCCACAGCGGCUCAGACGGGAACGGCGACGGCUCGGUCACCGUCGACCUCAACGCUGUCGCCGAGGCCACACUCAACCACGACGGGCAAAUCAUACUCACGGGAGAGGAUGGCCAAGGCUACCCGGUGUCGGUGUCGGGUGUGAUCACGGUGCCCGUGUCGGCGUCGGUGUACCAGUCCAUGGUGGCGUCCAUGCAGCAACAGGACGGCGUGUGUAUGGCGCCGCUCGUGCAGGUUGACCAGAACGGGGAGACGCUGGAGGCUAUAUCCAUGAGUGGAGGCGUGGCGCAGGUGAUGCUGCAAGGCAACGGAGAGACGCAAGUGCUUCAAGUGCUGAGCCUUAAGGAUGCCACCGUGCUGACCAAGGCCAUGCAAGUGAAGUCGGAGCGCGACGCAGUAGCUGCCGACUCUUAGCUGCUGUCGUUGGUGGACUCGCCGCGCAUGUCGGACCCAAACGACAGCGAAUAGAGCCUGGCUGCAUAGCCGCCAGACAACACCCUAUGCCGAAACACUCGAGCCUGACGACGGUGACACGUACAACACGCCAGAAGCGGACGCUGUGUUGAGUCAAAUCAAAUCUAAGAACGCGUCGCUGUAAAAUAUUGACUAUUCACCAACAGUACUAAAAAAGACAACCCAAGGUCAAGUAAUGUGAACCCUGAGGGGUUAGUGCGGGUACAUUUGAAUUGUGCGGUUGUGCAUUGCUGGUAGCCGUGCGGUUAGAAGCAUUGCGUCUAACCGCGCGUUUACCCAAACUGCGGCUAGACGUGCGGCUACGCUACCAGCAUUGCGAGUAGGUGUACAGAUACUAGCAUUGCGGCUAACCGCGCGGCUACCUGCGUUUAGACUAGCUAUGCGGUACCUGUAUUACGGCUAGCCGUACGGUUAAACUUAUUCAUAUUCGCACUGCAUUGCGGUUGAUCGCAAACCGUUCAGCUAACUUAGCCAAGUUGACUGAUAACCGCUUUAGAAAAGUAAAGAAAGUAAUGAAUAUAACGUGGUUAGCAAGUGACAAAAAAAUUGCCAUUCAUUCAUUCAUUCAUUGGAUUUACUUGGAGGGCGGUCAACCGCACGGUUACGAUUGGUACCGUCGAGUAAAUUUUAACCUUUACUGGCAUAGUAAUAAAGGUCAAAUUGACGUGGUGGCGACGUGGCAUUUCUUUCAUUGACUUAGAUUUCUAAAGCGUUUUUCAGCAUGGCUAAGAACUUCGGGGCGCUUAAAUCAAUCAUAUUCCUACGAUACUGUUUGAGCAUUUAGCGAUUUAAGUAUUUCGAAAGAUGAACAGUGAUCGCGUCUCAGUUUUAAAUUAUAAGUAGCGUAAUUUUAUACCCGUACCCCUAGUGCGUAGCUGGCGCAUGUCGAAAACUAUGAUAGUUUUCUUGAGCUUGAAUAUCGUAACGUUAAGGGAGCUGUAAAUUCCGUACUACCGAUAUUUAUACCUAUCGGAAAGUAUUUUUACUGACUCUACAUGUAUAAAGAAAAUCGACGUCGAAUUCCAUUUACGAAAAUUUUAAAUACUCGUGCUAGGGGUACCGAUCAUGACGAUCAGUAAACUUUAAUG